GCGCAACCGUGCAGCCGAGUCGCCGCCAUUUUGUUUAUUUUCGCGAGACAGAGAGAGAUCCGUGAACGACGAUCGCGACGUACGGGAUCGGCCCGCGCGUAUUCGUUCGUGUUCGUCGAAAUAAACGUCCGGCUUCACGAGCCGGAAGGUGAGAAAUAAUAAAAUAGAGAAGAAAGGAUCUGCUGCGAGUAUAACGGUACAGAUUUGCUCGUAGACGGAAGUUACAGCGAAGUCGAUCGAGAAUUAGAGAGUGAGUCCGAUCGAGGAGAACCGUGGUGGCGACGACAACGAGCAGAUUCGAGUGGAGAAAGAAAGAGAGAAAGAGAAAGGAAGAGUGAAAGGGGGAAAAGGAGCGAAAGAGAGAGAGAGAGAAAGAAGGAGAGGGAGCGAAAGAACGCGAAGUAAGUAACGGCGCGCAACAUUGUCAACGUCGUCUGCGAUCGUCGUCCUCGUAUACAACGUCGUUACAAUCAUCGACGUAGUCCGGUAGUCGGUGAGAUCGCGUCGUCGCUGAGCGCCGGUAAAGCGCACAGCGGAGCGGAAACAGUUUCACGGAUCGGAAUUUUGCGCGCGCGCGCGCGGCAGGGAGGAAGGGGGGGAGGUCGGUGCGCGAGGCGCCGCGCCGGAACGAGAGGCGAGACGGCCGUCGUCGACCGUCGUCGUCGUUGCCCGUCGCCGCCGCCACCACCACCAACCAACCAACUAACCAACCAACCAUCACCGCCACCGCCGUUCCGAGCUCCGACUACGGACUAAUACCAUUAGCAUCACCAACAUCACCGCUGUUUCGUCACUAAGCUAGAGCACUACUAGCAGUGGCAGCAGUUACAACUACCACCUACCACAAACAUCGUCACAAAUCCGUUGCUAUCGUCGCCACCACCGCGAAGAUCGCACUGAUCGCAGUUAAUCGCAGUCGUGGCGACACUCGGAGCAACUCGGUGGCGCGUACGAUUUACGAAGGGAAUAGGGAAUAUAGAGUACGUGUACAUCGGAUAGUACGAGUACUCGAGUCGCAUAUUUAGCGAUUUAAUAAUACGAGGGUGGAAUAUAUGCUGUGGGCGUCCCCCGUACGAGUGGGGGCACUUGAUGGCCGCAGAAAUUGGGCGAACUGCGAGCAAACAUCUAUCGACGGAGUGCGGUAAAGCGACGUCGCUGUCGAGUAGCGACGUGGGCUUCGAUAGUAGCCGGGUAAUCGGUUCCGUUGGAACGGAACAGCGACAGCAGUUGCAACAAUCGCAACAACGUCAAUCGUCGCCACCGUCGCUGCAGCAACAACAGCAGCAACAACAGGAUCGCACUGAUCGGACUUCAUUGGCUACGGUACAAAUCCGAAAGGCGCUCGGUAAAACGACUCCUCCUCCACCUCCUUCUCCUCCUUCUUACCGGAAUCGCGUACCGUUUGCGACCGCGCAGCUAACAGCAGAGAACAAUCAGCAACAGCAGCAGCAGCAGCAGCAGCAGCCGCUGACCAACGCGAACAACGUAACCUCGACGGCGGAGGCCGUCACCGAGGUACCCGGCGCCAUCAAAACGACCAUCAACAUCGGCUUCGCGAUGAACCACGUAAACGAUCAGGAGAAUCUCAAGCAGCUCAGCCUCGCACCCAUUCAGGUUAACGAGGUCGAAGAGAUGGACACACAGGAGGAAACCCCAAAUGAUGGUGGGGGAGACGGAACUGAGAACCGUCCUAUAAAUGGUGAACCAGAAUUAGCAUGUAUAGUUCAGGAUCAAGAAAUGGAGGAAGAUGAGGCGCGAUCAGAAGCUACUUUUCGAUAUUCUGUUGAAAAUAUAUCUAAGAUGAAGGAUUCACAAUUGUCCCCUGCAUGUUAUGUCCGUAAUCUACCAUGGAAAAUAAUGGUGAUGCCACGGUCAAGUCAAACACAGGAGAGACAACCACAGAGAUCUCUUGGAUUUUUUCUUCAAUGUAACGGAGAGAGUGAAUCUACAUCUUGGAGUUGUUACGCUGUUGCUGAAUUGCGUCUUCUUUCUUGCAAGGAAGCACAAGAACCAUUUAGCAGAAAAAUUCAACACCUUUUCUACAGUAAAGAGAAUGAUUGGGGCUUUAGUCAUUUUAUGACAUGGCAAGAUGUUCUAGACCCUGAUAGAGGUUUCAUAAAAGACGAUUCAAUUACUCUUGAGGUUCAUGUAGUGGCUGAUGCACCUCAUGGAGUUAGUUGGGACAGUAAAAAACACACGGGAUAUGUAGGCUUGAAAAAUCAGGGUGCUACAUGUUACAUGAAUUCUUUAUUGCAAACUCUCUAUUUUACAAAUCAAUUGCGGAAGGCAGUAUACAAAAUGCCAACAGAGAGCGACGAUUCGAGUAAGAGUGUUGCACUAGCCUUACAAAGGGUGUUUCAUGAAUUACAGUUUUCCGACAAGCCUGUCGGUACAAAGAAAUUAACUAAAAGUUUUGGAUGGGAAACACUGGAUUCUUUCAUGCAACACGAUGUGCAGGAAUUUCUACGAGUGCUAUUAGACAAGUUGGAGAGCAAAAUGAAGGGAACAUGCGUGGAAGGUACAGUGCCAAAAUUGUUUGAAGGAAAAAUGGUUUCUUUUAUCAAGUGUAAAAAUAUAGACUACAAAUCCACAAGGGUUGAAACAUUUUAUGAUAUACAGUUAAAUAUAAAGGGCAAGAAAAACAUUUACGAAUCUUUUAGUGAUUAUGUGAGUACAGAAAGUCUUGAUGGCGAUAAUAAAUAUGAUGCAGGAGAACACGGAUUACAGGAAGCAGAAAAAGGCGUUAUCUUUUCAUCGUUUCCACCAGUUUUACACCUACAUUUAAUGCGUUUUCAGUAUGACCCAGUUACGGAUUGUUCAGUCAAAUUUAAUGACAGGUUUGAGUUUUAUGAAAAAAUUAGUCUUGGAAAAUACCUGCAGAACAAAGAAACAACAAGUGCGGAUUACACAUUACACGCUGUUCUGGUUCAUAGUGGCGAUAAUCAUGGAGGACAUUAUGUUGUAUUUAUUAAUCCCGCUGGCGAUGGCAAAUGGUGUAAGUUCGACGACGACGUUGUCUCACGAUGUACAAAGCAGGAAGCUAUUGAACAUAACUACGGUGGUCAAGACGAGGACAUGUCUAUGGCUGUGAAACAUUGCACUAACGCUUAUAUGUUGGUUUACAUAAGAAAUUCAGAGCUGGAAAACGUUUUGCAAGAGGUCAAGGAAGAGGACAUACCUCAAGAGCUGGUGGAGAGGCUGCAAGAGGAGAAGAGGCUGGAACAAAUAAGAAGAAAGGAAAGAACGGAAGCAUACUUGUACAUGACCGUCAAUGUCCUUCUCGAGGAUAGCUUUGACGGUCACCAAGGGAAUGAUCUCUACGAUCCAGAGCACGCUUUAUAUCGUGUAUUUCGCGUACGUAAGCAGGCCACUGUGCACGAGUUUCUUGAGCUACUGAGCGAUAGUCUGAAAUAUCCAAUAGAACAGAUUCGUAUUUGGCCCUUCAGUACACGUUCAAAUCAAACCUGUAGACCUACGUUAAUUGAGCCGGACGCUGAUCUUCAAAAGCCCAUCAUCGACUGCGCGGAAAAUCACAAUCCGUGGAAUGUUUUUGUUGAACUUGUACCUCCAGACUCUGACACGACAGCAUUACCGCCUUUCGACAAGGACACUGAUGUUUUACUCUUUUUUAAACUCUACGAUCCCAAAAAUAAGAAAAUUCAUUAUUGUGGUCAUCAUUAUAUGCCUGUUGUAGCUAAAGUCCAGGAGCUCAUACCAAUUUUAAACGAACGCGCCGGAUUCCCACCAGACACAGAACUCGCUUUAUAUGAAGAAAUUAAACCAAAUUUAGUGGAGAAAAUAGAUAACUUAUCGGAGCCUUUGGAAAAGGUUCUGGAGGAAUUAAUGGAUGGUGAUAUCAUUGUAUUUCAAAAGGAAGGAGACAAUGAAAUGUACGAACUUCCAACGUGUCGAGAAUAUUUUAAAGAUCUAUUCUAUAGGGUAGAAGUAACAUUUUGUGAUAAAUUGAUUCCAAACGAUCCAGGUUUUACAAUGGAACUUUCAUUGAGAAUGACAUAUGAUCAAAUGGCAAAGGCUGUAGCGCAACGAGUCGGUACAGAUCCGUACCUUUUACAAUUCUUUAAAUGUCAAAAUUAUAAAGAUUCUCCCGGGCAUCCUUUAAAAUGUACAUUCGACGGCACGCUCAAAGAACUGGUUGCGUACUGCAAAACGAAAGUAAAAAAAUUAUUUUAUCAGCAGCUCAGUAUUAGGGUGAACGAGCUCGAAAACAAGAAACAGUUCAAAUGCAUAUGGGUAGGGCCAUCGCUUAAAGAAGAGAAAGAAAUGAUUCUUUACCCAAAUAAAAAUGGUACCGUUGCUAAUUUACUUGAGGAAGCUAAGAAGCAAGUAGAAUUAUCAGAAAAUGGUUCAGGAAAAUUAAGGAUAUUAGAAAUGACUUGCAACAAACUAUCACCUGGCCCUGGAGAUGAUACACCUUUAGAUCACUUAAACACAUCAGGCACCAAAUUAUAUAGGAUAGAAGAAAUACCGCUUGACGAAGUAAAUCUAGCGGAGGGUGAAAUGCUAGUUCCUGUUGCACAUUUUCACAAAGAGGUUUUCUCAACGUUCGGUAUACCCUUCUUCUUCAAGAUCAAGCAUGGUGAACCUUUUCCCAAAAUGAAGGAUAGAUUAUUGAAGAAAUUAGGGGUUCAGGAGAAAGAAUUCGAAAAGUUUAAGUUCGCGGUGGUGACAAUGGGCAAGCCGCAAUUCAUUAUUGACUCGCCGGACUCUUGUAUCAAAAUCGAGGAUUUCCUUCCCAGAUACACCAGUCAGAUCUAUCCACUUUUAAACGCAGGCACAGCGCCACACAGGCCUUGGCUUGGCCUGGAACACGUCAACAAAGCGCCGAAGCGCUCUCGUAUCAACUACCUCGAAAAGGCCAUUAAGAUUUACAAUUAAAUUUCCACCACUCGAAGAAAAAAUUAAAUUAGGCAGCCACUCAUAAUAAUUUAUACGAUUCUGUAUAGUAAGAAAGCGACGUCUGGUAUAUUGAAGGUUGGAAAAAUGCGUUCAUAUUCGUUUCUUCAGCCAGAUUAAAUAUGCAAUUUUAAUACUGCAAGAAUGACAUCGAAAGGUAAAUCUAAGAUUGGUAUACAAUGGAUUAAGAAGCUAUCGUAAAGUGUGCAGUGCUAUCAUGGAAAAGCGAUGCUAUAGUUCCUCGAUUCGAACUUGUAAAGAUUUUACGUAAUGGCCCAAUAGCUUAUUUUGGCUCAGUACGGAUUUUCGCCUAGAUUCCGAAAACAUUUAAUUACGAAAUGCACGUAUAUUGUAUCUAAUAUUAUUGUCUGAUAAUUAUCUCUAAUAAACUAAUUUCUUUCUUUUUUUUAAUUUUAUUAGGAAAGUGAGAGUUUAAAAUUCCGGUUCAUACCCUAUCGUAUAUAGAAGUA